AUGACGUCGUCUGAGCAGUUUUUGACCAAAAAGUACGAGAAAUGGAACAACUUUCAAGAGGACUCAGAUUCUGAUACUGACGAUGUGCUUCGUGUACCCACUCAAUUCGACGUAGAAGGCGAUGCGGACAUUAUCAUCAGUACGGAGAUGCUCUUAACAUCGAAUCAGGUGGAGCGAUAUCGGAAAUUGGAGAAGAAACACCUUGAAGUAUGGCAAGUUGUGGUACGACAGCUUCGAGUCUGGUCGGCUUCAAGUACUGGAGCUGAAGAGGGACAAGAUGCUGUACCUUGUCGCCCAUAUUGCGUGCUCGUGAACAACUUGUAUCCAUUGGGUCAAGUCGUAUUGAAGAAAAUUUGUGAUCCACCUGAAGUGUACCCAUCUACGGAGACGGUACUGGAGCUGACGUUGCAGGCUAUGGUGGAUCCACCGACAAAUACGCCUCAGCAUCGUCCGGACAAGAUUGUUUUUCCAGACAAACACUUUGUUGGAAAACUACGGAAGAGUUACUCGGCUUUGGCAAUUGAGUGCUCGUAUCUGUCUGAAUCGGACGGUAUCGACGCUUACAUUCAGGAACUAUCACAGCACUUGAUUCGAAAGGAUCUUGCAUCAGUAGCUGAAGUGAGUGAGCGUCCAGGACUGGUCUCAGGUCCUGGUGUAACUCCUGAAGCGCUUGCUGCUUUCUACUCGGCCUGCGAGCAAUACGCAAAGCUAGAGCCGUGGGAUCACCUCGCUGAGCGCCAGGCCAUUCAGAUUGACGCUGUCGGUGAUGAGGAAUUGCGGCUGGAUGCCCGCCACCACGUUAGCAGAGGCACUGUGUUCUCGUCUGUCAUCAACACACACACGGACACUGGGCCAAAUGGCGAGGGUGGGGAUCAUAUUCGUGGCAUGGCGUUAUUCUUCACACGUGCAGAUUUGGAACGUCGGGUGCUACCACCUGGUGAGCAGCUUGCCCUCAUGCAAACCCCGGAGUUGCGUCGAUGUGCAAAGUGCGACAAACGCGCUGCUCCUGACAAGGAACUGAAGCGCUGCACGCGCUGUAAAUGCACCUUCUACUGCAAUGCACAGUGCCAGCGUGGUCACUGGAAGGACCACAAGGUCAGUUGUACUCCGCUUGGAAGCACUACAAGCGGUACUGCGGAGCAUAAGAUCGUAUGGGGUGCAAAGGAGAUGUCAAUCCUUUAUGGCCCACAGACUUCUGUGCCGUUUGACGACCUGGACGUCAUUGCAAAACACUCGCUCCCAAUUGCCAAGGUCAAGGGCGACACAUUGUACCCGUCUGCUGUAGUGUUCCGCAAGGGCGAUCCGAGCGUGCCCGAUGUGACCGAGUUGGCUUGGUUGACUCGAGGACUAAACGCACAGAUUGAGGUCAUUAGUAACCACCCGCUUUUCAUGCAGAAGACAAUGGGUGAAUUAUUGGGGCUCGACGAGCACGAUGGCGAACAACGUAAGCUGAAGCUGAGCUGUAAAACGUUUGGUUUCAGUGACCAGCUUGUCAUUCGCAACAGCACUGUGCUCACCAUGCAAGAUGUGGAGCGGUUGCGCAAGGUGAUCAAGAAACAGCAAACAGCUACUCAGGAUACUUCUGCCAAUGAAAAGGUAAGCGAUGUGAAUGCGAGUACGGAGAAUACGAAGGAUGGCAAGGCCGAGAGCGAAAGCGACGACGACGACGAUGAAGGUGCCGAUCUGAAGGACGGAGAGACAAACUGCGUUGUCAUGUAA